AUGGAUAGCACAUCUGUUUUGAAGGAUUUGGAGGAGGUUGCAUGGCAGUUUCGCACUGAUAAGCGUGCGACCGUGACACGGAAUUGGCAGUGGUUCUUCAGCUCUUGGGACUCGGGAUGGGACCGUGUUUCAUAUUGUUUUGGCGGCGUCUGCAGAGGGUUCGGCCGUCGAGCUUCGAUGUCAUGUCCCGUCCUG